CAAUUUCAGUUAUUGUUGUGACGUUUUCUUAGCUGGUAAGACGGAUCGGAACAAAAUGAGAAUCGGCGCGCUUGUUAUUAUUUUGGUCAUAAAUGCGGUGAAGUGUAAAGAAGAUACAGAGGCUGAAUUUCGGCGCCUCCCCAAACUAUUUCACCUGGACGACUUUGACAAGUGCUUGAUAAGGAAAGAUGGCCUGUACUGCCUUGGAAUCUUCGAGAUCUACAACGAGAUUGAGAAUAACCCUGUCUAUGACCUGAUACUGGAAAAAGCACGAGACCCUCGUCUGUACAACCGCACGCUUCUGCACCGCGGUUACUGCCUGCCCACGCGCUGCCCAAAUGGCGAAGCGAACGUGACCGCGCGCUUCGAGCGCUGCGUGGACACGUGGGCGCGCACGCACGCGCUGCGCACGCGCUUGCAAAAGCUGCACUACUGCCGCGCGCACGCGCAGCCUAUCGUAGACACAAACGACUUGCCACACCAAGCGUUUCUGUACGUCGUAUACGCUUUACUCAUCAUGAAUAUCGUGGGGACAGCGUACGAUCUCAUGAUGGGACAGAAAACUAAAAAAAAUAAAUUAUUGAUGAUGUUCUCCCUCCGAGUGAACUUUAUAAGGCUCUUGGCGAACCAGGAAACAUUUGAGAGGGGAAUGCGCGGCUUACAAGUGUUGAACGGAUAUAAAGCUGUUCUGCUGUAUGGUGCUGUGGUCGCCCACUCGGGAAUAAUAACAGCUAUGGCCUAUCAAUACAACCCAAGGUUUCCAGAAAAGUUUCUGGCAUCACCAGUUGGCGGGAUGAUAGGAGCUAUGACCACAGCGACCCAGCUCUUCAUAUUAAUGUCGCACUUCUUAACAGCUUACAAUUUGCUGGUUAUGUCAAACAAACACAAAAUGAGCCUGGCAAUAGUACCUGUCCUGUUUUUAAAGAGACUUUUACGGAUGCUGCCAAUAUAUUUACUACUAAACGGCUUCACUGCCACCUGGUGGACGAGUUUCGGAGAUGGCCCGUCGUGGCCUAUGAUAGUUGGAGACGAAAGCCAAAUUUGCCGAGAAAAGUUCUGGUACCAGGCACUGUUUCUGCAGAACUGGUUCCAAAAUCAUCGAAUCUGCAAUGUUCAAACUUGGAUAAUGGCAGUAGAUAUCCAACUGUAUAUCCCGUCGCUGAUCAUCACGAUACUGCUGAUCAAGAAACGUAGGUGGGCCCUGCCGAUCCUGUUCAGCCUGCUUGGUGCAGCGACUGUCCUGACGGGCUACGUGACCCUGGCGAACCAGUACAAGCCUACCUUCACCUACAUGACGCCUGCAAACUUUCGUGUUCUUUUCGAGAACGACCGGAACUUCACAGAAUUCUUCUUAAUGCCAAUCAAUUGCCUCAUUACAAUGAUGAUGGGAAUAUUGCUAGGGUUCAUGUAUUUUAAUAAGAGAGAACGUAUGACCAAAGCGGAGAAGAAAUCUAACGUUUCUAAGUUCGUAUUGUUUCUGCACUUGACCUUGGUUCCCAUGAUAUUUAUAUGGUGUUACCUCUGCGGCUUGCUGAUCAUGGAUGUACAGGACCCUGUCUUCAUGGCCCUCAUGAUGCCAAUCGAGAGACUGACAGUGGCACUCUUUGGUUUCUUGUUUAUUUACACAUCUACUAAUGUUAAAAGUGUUUUCACAUCAUUUUUCACCUGGAGAAGCUUCCGUGUGUUAGGCCGCGUGUCUAUGUCCAUCUCUAUGGUCCACUGGGCCGUCAACAAAAUCCUGGUGGGGAACAGAUCGCUAUUGCACGACUCUUCCCUUGGCUUGCUGACUUUGGACACGAUUGGCGUUUUCGUCAUCUCGUACGUCAUCGCAGUACCUUUGACAGUGAUUGUGGAGUACCCCAUGACGAAACUGGCUGACAAACUUCUCUCGUUUUUGAUGUAAAAUAAUUUAGUAACACACUAAUUUAGGUACUAUUUUGUUAUCGUUAGAUAUAAAAUUUAAGUGUUGUAA